GCGCUGUUGCCCUCCGCGACUUGAUUGCAAGUGUAUCUUUGAAAUAUAUAUCGCUCGAAUCGGUGGCAAGAUGAAUUCGCAAUCGGCAGUGCGUCGGUAUCCACACAGUUUUUCCAUCGAACAAAUUCUGGCCAAGCCGGAUAUGCGUGGCUCCGCAUCCUUCGAAGACUCGGUGCAGGAUGAGAGUGGUCGUGGUGGUCAAUGUGUUGGUGUUUUCCGGGUGUCCAGUCCAGCGACAUCGAGUUGCUUGGAGGACAACAUGGACGACGGCAAAAGUGAUAUCGAUUUGGCCUCCGAUGAUGGAAACGGCCUGGGUGAUGACCGCAAGAAGCGACCGAGAACCGCCUUCUCGGCGGCCCAAAUCAAAGCCCUGGAAACGGAGUUCGAAAGGGGGAAGUAUCUCUCGGUGGCCAAGCGAACGGCGCUGGCCAAGCAGCUGCAGCUCACAGAAACGCAGAUCAAGAUCUGGUUCCAGAACCGCCGCACCAAGUGGAAGCGCAAGUACACCUCGGACGUGGAAACGCUGGCCUCGCACUACUACGCCCAGCUGGGCAUCGGCGGGUUGGCCAGGCCCAUGGUGGUUGGCGAUCGCCUUUGGCUGUUCAGCCAAACGCCAACGGGUCCCACGCCCAUACAGUCCAUCAUGCUGAAUGGCAGUGGCUCCGCUCCUCCCAUGGCUACGGCAACGGCCACGGUGGCCAACGGCUCACCCAUGCGUCCGUAUCCGACGAGCGGCGGCAUGCCGCCUUUGCCGGGACCCAGUGUGAUGGAGAGUGCCCGUAACGCGAUUCUGGCACGUGGACAGCCCUUGAACUUCGCGCUGCCCUUUGGCGUGGCCAAGUCACCGGCGGGCGGUGUGCCUUCAGCCAGCUACAUCCCGCGCUGCAAGCCGUAUGCGGCAAGCUACGUGGACUACUCGGCGUCGCUGCCGUCUAACGAAAGCUAUCUGCAGAUGAAGUAUGCGACACUGCCGCCGGAAACGGAAACCUGCACCUCCAACGGGCUGGCCGAACUGGAACGCGUCUUUGGGGAUGCCAAUGCCAACUUUCUGCAGCAACGCAGCACUCCAGCUGCUGGGGCAGCUGCAUCCUACGGCCACGAGGGCUUAAACCAGGCCCAAAGAAGCCGCAGACCCACGCAAUCGGAGUCCGAGUGCAGCGACAUUGACUGCGAGCAUCUGGACGAGGAUGAGGAGCCACCGGCUGUGGAGUGA